UAGUUUUCCUUUAAAAUCUCGAGAGCUGUUUGUCCAGCUUGCCCAGAGCCAGGGCUGCUUGGCUGGGUUCCUGCACUGGUUUGCAGUGUCCCUGGGGUGUAGGGAAGAGGAUCUGUAAGAGAAAAUUGGGCAAGCCAGGAGCUUUGCAGCGGAUGGCUAAGAAAGCUUCCUUGAGUGCAGAGAAGUGCUUUUAAGUCUUUCCUAACCUGCUCCUGGACUUGCUGUGUACAACUAUAGUGUCUCAAUGGGAAUGAAAGAUGGCUUGCAGCUAUCUAUUAGAUCUGUGGCAGGGAAAAAUUUUUUUUCUCCUCAGUAAAAGCAUGUGUUUGCAGGAAUCCUUCUUCUGUGCUCCUUCUCUGAGAUGAAACUGGGGCAUCUCCCCCCUUUAGCUGCAAGCAGCCCCUUGCUGGGUGGAAGUUGUGGGCUGCCUUAGGUGCCCCUCCAAACUCUGUGCUUCCUCCAAAACAUCACCUGCUGUCCCAGUGACAGUCUGCCAUUCCUCCUUGUCUCUCCAAGCUGGCAGCCAGCCCUUCCCAGAGCAGGAGAAAACGAAGGACUUGCUUGGAGGGGUUUGCAAUCUGUGUUAGGUAGGAAAGGCUGCCGAGAGCAGUGCCAUCCGGGAGGAGGGUAGGAGGCUCACAGAUGACGAAUCUGUGAGGUUGCCUCUCUGUGCAAGAACUCAUCAAGCACAGCCGGGAGAGGAUAGGGCAAACCAUCAAGGCCUCCGGCUCCAGGCUCUGCUCAUAUGCUGAACGAGUUGCUUUUUUAAUGGAUCGUUCUCGAAGCCCAGACAAAAGCACCCAGCCUUCAACACCAACUGACAACAUCAACCUUGGACCUUCUGCUAACCCCAAUGCCAAGCCAACAGACUUUGACUUUCUGAAGGUUAUUGGCAAAGGAAGCUUUGGAAAAGUUCUCCUGGCCAAACGCAAGUGUGAUGGGACUUUUUAUGCAGUGAAAGUCUUACAUAAGAAAACCAUCCUUAAGAAAAAGGAGCAAAAUCACAUCAUGGCGGAACGCAACGUGCUCCUGAAAAAUGUCAAGCACCCCUUCCUUGUGGGACUCCAUUACUCCUUCCAGACCUCGGAGAAGCUUUACUUUGUGCUUGACUAUGUAAAUGGAGGAGAGCUCUUCUUCCACUUGCAAAGGGAGCGCUGUUUCCGUGAACCCCGGGCCCGGUUCUAUGCUGCAGAAGUUGCCAGUGCAAUUGGGUACCUGCAUUCCUUAAACAUCAUUUACAGAGACCUAAAACCUGAGAAUAUUCUCCUGGAUUGCCAGGGACACAUAGUAUUGACAGACUUCGGACUGUGCAAAGAAGGAAUGGAACAAGAGGAGACAACUUCUACUUUUUGUGGCACUCCUGAGUACCUGGCUCCUGAGGUGCUAAAGAAGCAACCCUACGACAGGACAGUAGACUGGUGGUGUCUAGGAGCUGUCCUAUAUGAAAUGCUGUUUGGACUGCCUCCUUUUUACAGCCGGGAUGUGUCUCAGAUGUAUGACAACAUUCUGCACAAGCCACUCCAGAUCCAAGGAACCAAGACAGUGGCAGCUUGUGACAUCCUCCAGGGACUCCUCCACAAGGACCAGAAGAGGAGGCUGGGUGCCAAAACAGACUUUCUUGAGAUAAAGAACCAUAUAUUCUUCAGCCCAAUAAACUGGGAUGAUUUGUACCACAAGAGGAUUACCCCUCCAUUCAACCCCAAUGUGGCUGGUCCAGCUGAUCUGCGACACUUUGAUCCAGAGUUCACCCAAGAAGCAAUCUCUGCCUCCAUCACCCGCACACCUGACCUAGCAGCCAGCAGCUCCAGUGCCUCAGAUGCAUUUUUAGGAUUUUCUUAUGCACCAACUGAAGAGGACAUCUAAAUUUUACAAAGGCUUUGAGAAGCCAGAUUUUAAACUAAUGGGUUUUAUGUUGGUUUCUUUUUUGUUGUUGUUGUUUUGGUUUGGGUUUGGGGUUGGUUUUUUUGUGGUGUUUUUUUGUUGUUGUUGUUGUUGUUGUGGUGUGGUUUUUUUUGGUUUUUUUUUGGUUUUUUUUUUUUUUUUUGAGAGAAUUUUUCCUUUGAUCAUAGCUUAAGGAAAUUGGGACUAACACACUAACUGGCUGGGAUGGAACAGAGCUCUUAACUUUUGCUGUUUGGUGGAUUUCCCACAAAUGUUUCCCUGCCAGGACUGUUCCUCUGGCAGGGAAAGUGGGACACUGAUUAUGGUUUUUCUCCUGAGUGUCUUGUGCUACCUGGCAGAAUUGUAUUCACCCUGGGGUUUUAUUUAUGUUUGAGGUAUGUGCCAUCAUUCACAUCAACAGCCAUGUCCCUGUAACCGGCCACCUUCUUCCCCUUUGGUUUUUCUUUUUUUGUUUUUGUUGGGGAGCUGUGCCCAGCUCUGUCCAACUGCUUUCCCCACCUACUCAAUAGAGAAGGGAAUUCUUCACACAACCAUGAAUAUUGGCUUCCUUCCUUUAAGUAGACUAUGUCACUUAAGCCACUUAUCCUGGACUGAGCUGGGCUGAGGGAAAACUGUUCACCAGUUUUUACUCCAAAGGCAGCUGCAGGUCUGCAAUUCCUGAACUGCACUGGGGCCUUUCAUGCCAGCCAGUCCCUCCCUAAGGCAAGUGGAUCAUCUCUCUGGGUGAAUUAGGAUGCUGCUGAAGCACCAAGGAGGCUGUUAUGGAAGAGUCAAUGUGUGGGAGGAAUAUCCCAGAUCAAAGGAAGAGGCUGAAUUGCUUGGAAAAAUAAAAAUAAGUCUAUGGCUGAACCCUGCUUGGGGUGGGGGGUGUCCUUCACACCAUGUGCUUGACUUGACUAUGACACACCAACACAACUGUGAGGAGCAUGUGGAGCACAGGAUAGUGCACAGCAAAGGGUGGCCAGCAGUGCUGUUACAGGCUCCACUACCCAUCUGAAAACACUCAUCACUGAUGUAGAACAGUUAUUUAUUCUGCCUUAAUUUAAAUGCUGGUGUAUUCAUUGAAUGUCACUUCUCACUUUUUCUAAGCUGUUUUAUUUUGUUGCUAUGGGGAGAGGGAUCCUAGAGCUUCUACUGCAACACAGGGAUAAACAAGGGGCUUUCUGCAAGUUGUGUGAUGCUUAUGCUGUGGGGAAGCUUGUGCUGGAACAAUUUUUUUGUUUUUUUGGACUUUAUCUUGUGUAUGCUGAAGUCAUGGGGAAUAUGACAUGGUUUAUAUAAAGUGCGAAUGCUGCUGUGUCCCUA